CCGCUUCACUCAGCUCUCUGCUCUGUAGAUCUGCACGCAGACCGGCAACUGCUGAAGCUUGUUGUUGGGAAAAAAAAAAAAAAAGACACUUUAAAGGAACUUUUAAAGCACAUGGUUACUGUGAAGAAACAUCUGCCAGUUCUAAAGGAUUUAAACUGAAAAAGAAAAAAAGAUUUGGAGAACCAGUUUAAGGUUUUUCAUUCCUCUAAAUAUUGCAUCCAGAACCGUCGGAACCUCAGUUCACCUCAAUUUGCUGACCUUAACCUCUUGUACUGCCCUCUGUGAGAUGGUAACAUACAGCAAAACUGAUUCAGCUGUCGGUAACUGCCUCUCGGGUGCCAAGAUGGGCAUAGGUUACCACUACAAGACCUUUGUCUCAGAGGAACAGUUUGUGAUGGUCAUGAAGACACUACAGAGGCUCAGAGAGUGUGACUUUUUCUGGAACACCAUUACUGGAAAGCAGGCCAGUGUUCUCCUGUCUUCGCACUUGCCCGGUACCUUCCUGAUCCGGGAGAGUUCUGACAACCAGCACCUCUUUACCCUCAGCAUUAAGACGGAGAUGGGCACCAAGAACCUGCGCAUACAGUGUGACGAAAACUCCUUCUUCCUGCAGACGGAUCCCAAGAAUAUGGACAUUGCGCCACGUUUUGAGUGUGUUCUCAAGCUUAUCAAUUACUACAUUUGUCAAAGGAAAGCAAAUAUUGCCCAUUACAUCGGCGCUGGAGGGGAGAGGAUCCCUCUUGAGCUGAUCAGACCACUCUACUUGUCCAUGUCGUCCUUGCAGCACCUUUGCAGAAAGAAAAUUAACAAAGACUUGGACAUUUCUUCUCAAAAAGACCAGCUGCCUAGCACAGUUCGAGAUUACCUUAAUAAAUAUGAUGUUGAUAUCUAGACUCAAAGACUCAGGCCAAUGACAACUGGGUGGUGCCAAUACAGCUAUGGGAGGUCAUCCGUGUACGAUGUAGCAGAGACAACUGAAUCAGGCCCAGAGGAGCAAGUCAAAGUGUAAAGUCUCUUAAACCUUUGAGAAGAGACAGCAAGGAGAUUGAGAAGAGCAGCUUUGUGAUCUGGUGAUAUGAAAAGAGGGAUAAGCCAUGCCCUCCUCUGCUCCAGUGAUGCACAACUCACUGAGAAUUGAAGUGAGGAUGACAGUCAGCUGUCUAGAAUGUGAUGACACACAGUUCCCUUUGCUGCUGCUACUGAUUCUAAUCAGCACGCUGAGAGAAUGAGUUCACCUUCACAAGCCUUAGAAAACAUUUCUGGACUGGCGGACCAAUAGUGUGGACACUUGUGGUUUUUGUUUAAGGAUCAGGUUAAAAUACAUUUUGUUGUAAGGGUUGUGUGUUGAUUUAGAGGAUGGAGGAUUAUGCCAAAAUUGCCAGAACAACAUGGAAAUGUGUUGGAAAACAGCGGUCCUCCAGGAUCCUACAGGAGAGUAGUAAUGAUCACUCUUUAGUGAUGAACAACAUAUUCAGUGCCUGGAGACGAAUUAUAACAUCGGGUAUCUUUUUUUUUCUUUUUUUGUUUUCAUGUAAGGAGAGUAAAUAAAGUAUUUACUUCCUUUUUUUAUACUAUGUUUACAUUAUAAAAUAGUAUUUUAUUUUUUUAUUUUCAUGGUUUUGUCAGUGUGUGUGUGUGUGUGCUAUCUUUUAUAAAGAUGUUUUUUUUUUGUUUUUUUUUUGUCCCCUGGCUGUGGAUGCUUGAAGAUAUCUGAGAAGUUUGACAAAGCUAGCAGAUUAAUACAACUUUGCACUUAUUUAUGUUUAAGCAUAUCAUUAAUUUAUAAUAAAAUUGAUAUUUUCUAUACAACCA